CAGCAUGGCCAAAGAACUCAUUGGGUAUAGCAACGGUAUGGCCUUACUUGAACUGAUAGGUUAACUAGUUAUUCUCUGUUAUUUUGUGAAUUUUUAUUUUUGUUGAGAUUUGAGGUUAUUUAUUUCAACAGACAAAAAGUACAAACAAUCAUGUCAACGUCGAUGAAGAAAGUCCUGUCCCAGGCACGGAAGGUUAUGCACCCAAACAGUCGAAAGUCUAUAGCGAUAUCAAAAAAAACCAAGAAGAUAAGUAAUAGAGAAAAAUUGAAGCUGGGAAAUGCAAUGAAACAGAAUUUAGUCGGCGAGAAAAUGCUAUGGAUCCAGGAAAACAUGGUGCCAGAUGUGUGUCCUUAUACUCCAGAGCUUACGGCUGAUUUGCUACAGAAAUACAUAUCUCGCAAUGACGAAGAAUUGGAACAAAUUGCUAUCAGGCAUUCAAUUGGAGUGAGGAAAAACAGGCAACAUGCCAGCAGAGAAGAUGUAAUACUCAUGACUAAGAAACGCGAGGAAACAGAAUAUGAAACAUGUGGGAUAGAAAUUCCAGACAUAUUAAAUCCUGCACAGUGCGCACUGCUUCGAAAAUGGGAUGGUGAGUUGCGGUAUCUGCCGAAUUUCAAGUUUGUUCGAUUUGGUAAGAAGAAUCUGCUCAAGUCGAACCAAAACAAGUCGAAACCGCCCGGAAAGUCCACUUCAAAACCAAAUGAGAAUUCUAAAAAAUCCACAAAACCGAAAGUCAUAACAAAUAUUGAACAUGAUAUAUCGAGUGUGAAAAAUUCAGAAAUCCAGGAUUGCCCUAUGGACGCCGAAUAAAAUCUCAACAGCAAUUUAGUCCCCAAUUUCAAUAGACCGAAAGUUUUACCACCUAAAUUGCCAAUUGGAACUGGUAAAAAUAAAGUUCCCAUCUUCUAACGCUGCUAAGAAUUCAUCUUUCAGCACAUUCUUCUCAAUGCUCCCCGCUCUUGAUCAGCUACCAUAGAAGAAUUCUUUGGCAAGGCAACCGCGAAUGCGAAGCACUUCAGGAAUUUUCCAUUUUUGCAAGUGCUGUAAGAUGGCAACUAAAUCACAAUUCAAGUAUAACACCUGCUAAUGUGUCUUUUUUAUUUCAAAACUAUAAUGCCAACGGAGCUCUCCCUUAUCUGUUUCACCUACAUACCGAUCUUCAGUCAACGACCUCAAGAGUAUUUUACGGGUUCCGUAGUACUUGCGUCCUUCUACAAGAUGGCGUCAGCUAUUCCCGAUGCUACGGAUCCUUUUCCGGAGCUAUCGACACAGUACAAGGUGUAGAACUAUGCUUGUAACAAGUGUUUAGCGCCAAAGAGGCGUAGGAUUUUUUGCAAUAAAAAACUCGAUGUGCAAUCUCGAACGAUACCGCGCCACAGCCUAGGGCUGUUGUGUGAUGCUGCGAGUAGUUAAAGUAAUAGACGAUGAAAACAUAACGUGUUAUUCUACGUGUCACACCUCGUGGUUGCCCUCUUUGUCCGGAUUGUUGUCAUCGUCGUCAGUAGCUGAGAAUAUUUAUGAUCAUCUGAGUGAUUGCCCGUGAUGUGACGUAAUUAAAAGUGUCAGUUAAAAGUGGCCGGUGAGGAUCGUCAUUACUGUGCUCGGUCUGCGGAUGAUGACAAUAUUAUGAUACCACCCUCCGUCAUCCGAAGAUCCUGAAGUCGCCGUAUCUCCGAUUGUACCGUGCUCUUGGAUCAUAAGACUACGAGAAGAGAAAAGAAGAAAAAACGAGGA